AUAUCUGUGCCGGGUAGUAUAAAGCCUUAGUCUUAGUCCUUAGAUCAUAUAUGAUCUAAGGCUUUAGUAAUUCUCGGUCGCUACUAAUUUAUCAGUGAUUUGUGCAUUUUGUGGGCAACAUUCAUGUUCAGUGUUUAGUUUUGUUUUUAAAAUUGUUACGAAAGCACUGAGAACAAUUAAAAUAUGUAAACGUGUACCUAUAGAUUCGUUUUGUUAAACAUCAGAUAUCGAAUUUUGAAUUUUUCAAUAUUCAAAAACAUUUUAUCACUUAUAAGUUUUUAAUAUUAGCCAAUACCAUAAUGUCAAUAAAGAGCUAUUUUUGUUUUAAAAUAAAAGUAUUAAUUGGCGUGAUUUUGUCAAUUGUAUUGGUGUCAGUUAUUGGUAACUUUUAUUGUUAUAAUUUAAUAAAUAAUUGUGUUAUUUCUAGUACUCCGAUGGUAAUCAAUACAUGGGCAUUUACUGAUGCGACAUCAAAAAGUUGGGAAGUAUUAAAUAAAACAAGCUCUGCAAUUGAUGCAGUUGUAGCUGGAUGUACAGUUUGUGAACAAGAGCAAUGUGAUGGUACUAUUGGAUAUGGUGGAAGUCCUGAUGAAAAUGGAGAAACUUCUUUAGAUGCCCUCAUUAUUGAUGGAGCUACAAUGAAUAUGGGCGCUGUUGGGCAUAUGAAACGUAUCAAAUCAGCCUCUAAAGUAGCACGGCUUGUGAUGGAAAACACAAAACAUACUCUUCUUGUAGGUGAUGAAGCAACUAAAUUCGCUUUACAGAUGGGCUUUAAAGAGACUAAUCUCAGCACAAUUGAUUCGAUAAACUCGUGGAAACAAUGGAAAACUAAUAAUUGUCAGCCAAACUUUUGGACUAAUGUCAACCCAGAUCCAAAGAAGUCUUGUGGACCUUACAAAUCAAAUUUAUCUAAACAAUCAAAACCCGAGUCAAAUCGUGUUGAUAUAAAAAAUCAUGAUACUAUUGGAAUUAUUGCAAUUGACCAACAAGGCAAUAUUGCUGCUGGUACAUCUACGAAUGGUGCCAAAUUCAAAAUACCUGGAAGAGUUGGUGACUCUCCCAUUCCUGGAUCAGGUGCUUAUGCUAUGAACACAGUUGGUGCUGCUGUAGCAACAGGCGAUGGAGACAUAUUAAUGCGAUUUUUACCAAGUUUCCAUGCAGUUCAAGAAAUGAAGCAAGGCUAUCUUCCUAAACAUGCUGCUCAAUUAGCCAUAGAUAUGAUUGCCAAAUAUUAUCCUGACUUUAGUGGAGCAGUUAUUGCUGUUAAUAAUUAUGGAAGUUAUGGUGCUGCUUGUCAUGGAUUUGACGAAUUUCCCUAUUCUAUAGUAAAUUCUGAACAGAAUAAAGUGUUUAUACUUAAUAUCACUUGUACCAAAUAAAAAUCAUAAAAUUGUUACUAUUUUA